AAGUGAAAUUUAUACAUAAAAUUUGCAAUAAGUGAUUUUCAAAAUUAACAUUUUUUGGCUACACGAGUUUUUGAACACAUACGCAGAUUAUAGUUUAUGUGUGUGCUGCCAAAAUUUUGUUUGUUUUGAAUUAUAGAGUGCUAUUUAUUUGAUACCGAAGUGAUGUUUGUUUUGUUUGAGUCAUACAAACACUCAUCGUUGCGACAUUAAUCAAUAUGGCAACUGCCGGCACAAUUGCACCUUCGUUAGCGGCUAGUCGCAAUCUUUUCGCCGCGGAUAUUUUCCAAGCGUUAGCACAGACGCGUUCACAGGAAAAUGUUGUGUUUUCACCAGCAUCCAUACAGAGUUGCUUGGCGUUGGCCUUCCUCGGCGCUGAAGCAGAAACUGCGCAACAAUUGCGCAGCGGCUUACGUUUGCCAGCCGCUUUGGAUAAGGGGAGCAUUGCGGCAGAUUAUGCGGGUUUUCUACAGAAGAAUUUCCAUAAAGACGCGUCUGCGGCAGCAGAGGAUGCACCGAAAUUGCGCAUGGCUAAUCGCGUCUAUGUUAAUGAAUCGCUGGCAUUGUCACCAAAGUUUAAUGAACUAGCGAAAACUAGUUUCGAAUCGGAAGCGGUGCCGACGAAAUUUGCAGAUUCAUCAAAUGCCGUACAAACGAUUAAUACAUGGGUUGAGAAUGAAACUGAGGGUAAAAUCACCAAUUUACUACAGCCAGAUGCUGUGAAUGACGAGACUAGCGCGAUCUUGGUGAAUGCAAUUUACUUUAAAGCCAAGUGGUUGAAACCCUUUAGCGAUUUCUCGACAUCGAAUGCAGAGUUCCAUAUGAGUGACGGACAAACGUCAUCGGUACCUAUGAUGUACGGUGAUGAGCGUGUGAAAUAUGGCGAGUUGGCGGAUUUGGAUGCGAAAGCUAUUGAAUUGCCUUACAAGAACUCGGACUUGUCAAUGUUAGUGCUUUUGCCCAAUAAAGUUGAGGGUUUACCAGCUUUGGAGCAAAAAUUGGCGAAUAUUGAUUUGAAUUUGAUUGUCGAGCGUAUGCAGAGCAGAAGUGUAGACAUAUUUCUGCCAAAGUUUCGUAUUGAAUUCGAAGUGGAUCUGAAGGCGCCACUACAGAAGUUGGGUUUGGUAGACAUGUUCAGUGAGUCAGCUGAUUUUAGCAGCCUUUUUGCGGCACAAAGCCCAAAACAAAAAGUCGAUGAUGUCAAACACAAGGCGUUUCUCGAUGUGAACGAGGCUGGCUCCGAGGCGGCCGCUGCUACAUUUAUGAAAAUCGUGCCCAUGAGCCUGAACUUGGAUCAGCAAAUAUUCAAGGCGGAUCAUCCAUUUGUGUUUGCGAUACGAAAUAAGGAAGCCGUCUACUUUGUCGGACAUGUAGCGAAAUUGUAAAACACUACAUGUGACAUAUAUUGUGAAUAUUUUGAAAAUGUUUCGAAUGUAUUCGUAAAACUCUUUUUAAAUAAUUUUAAUAAAGAAUGUAGUAACUUAUAAA